GAUGAGUUUCAUCCCUUCAUCGAGGCACUGCUUCCUCAUGUCCGUGCCAUAGCCUACACCUGGUUCAACCUACAGGCGCGAAAGCGCAAGUACUUCAAGAAGCACGAAAAGCGAAUGUCCAAGGAUGAGGAACGGGCCGUGAAAGAUGAGUUGCUCAGCGAGAAGCCUGAAAUCAAACAGAAGUGGGCAUCCCGUCUCCUGGCCAAGCUGCGGAAAGACAUCCGACAGGAGUACCGGGAGGACUUUGUGCUCAGUGUAACGGGCAAGAAGCACCCAUGCUGCGUUCUCUCCAACCCUGAUCAGAAGGGCAAGAUCCGCCGAAUCGACUGCCUGAGGCAGGCUGAUAAAGUGUGGCGGCUGGACCUAGUGAUGGUCAUCCUGUUUAAAGGUAUUCCGCUGGAGAGCACAGAUGGGGAGCGGCUAGUCAAGUCUCCGCACUGCACCAACCCGGCACUUUGCGUCCAGCCCCACCACAUCACUGUCUCGGUGAAAGAGCUGGACUUGUUUCUGGCAUACUACGUCCAGGACCAAGACUUGCAACAGUCAGGAAGUCCUAGCAACAAUGAGCCUGGCAAGAACCCUCCAGUUUACUUGGAAGACAGCUUUGUUAAAUCAGGGGUCUUUAGUGUUUCGGAGCUGGUUAGAGUAUCCAGAACUCCUAUCACACAGGGUGCAGGAGUGAACUUCCCUAUGGCUGACAUGCCAAGUCAGCCAUAUUAUCAAGACCUGAACUCAGGAGUGAGUUUACACCGGUCCCUCUCGUCCCCCCAUGGCAGCAAGCGGCCUAAGACGAUCCAAGAGGACAGUAUGGAGACUAGUCCCACCGGGCCAGACUUCUACCCAUCCCCUAGUUCACCGGCCAGCAGACCCUGGCAUGAGAGAGACCAAGCUGACAUGUCCUCUCCCACCAUGAAGAAGCCAGAGAAGCCGUUAUUCAGCCCCACAUCCCCACAAGACUCUUCACCUCGGCUCAGCACCUUCCCCCAGCACCACCACCCAGGACUGACCACCGUUGGCCAUAGCGUCAUUUCCACCAGGAGUCCACCUCCGCUGCAGUUCUCGGCCCCUGCCAUCCUUCCCCCGGCCCCCUCGCCCUACAUCUCUCAUGGCGCCAUCCGCUACCCACCGCACCUCAACCCACCCGACUCCCUCAAGAACUACAUGCAGCCUUACGACCCGUCCAGCCCACAGAGCAGCCAGCCGAACAGCAGUGGCCAGGUACUGGGGAAAGUGCCCGGUCACUUCACGCCGGUUCUGGCCCCCUCGCCCCACCACGGUGCUGUCAGACCAGUGUCUCUCUCGAUGGCUGACACCAAGCCAAUCACCACAUCCUCAGAAGGUUAUUCUGCUCCAGGCACUCCCACUGCCAACCGUUUUGUGGGACUGAGCUCCAGAGACCCAGCCUUUCUUCACCAGCAACAGCUAAGGAUUUGUGACUGGCCCGUGAAUCAAAACAUCAGGUCAUAUGGCUCAGAGGAGGCUUUGGGGAUUUCUUGGCAAAGUCCUGGUACCUGGGCGAGCUUAAUUCCAUUCCAAGUGUCGAACGGGACUCCGAUUCUGCCAACAAAUGUCCAGAAUUACAGCAUAAACAUCAUUGGUGAGCCCCUCCUCCAGGCAGAAUCAAGCAAUUAAAGGGGGCCUGAAACUGGACCCAGGAGAUACAGGUCCUCGGAAAAACCAGCAAGCAGCACUUAUACAAUCGACAUGAACCUUUGUCCCAGGCUCUCAAGAACAUUGGGAUAGUGCAGUAGAGUGAGUUGGGUCAAAGUGUUCUCUUCUGAUACGAGCCACUCCACGCCAGUCAGUCAUUGUGUAAGAAAGUCCCUGAACUGAGAUACUGUGAUCUUUACCAUACAAACUUUAGAUGCCUUACUGUAUAUGCAUGACAUUCUAUUCUCUUGUUAGUGUUUCUCUUGUUUCAUGUCACGAUUACUAGUUUUACAAAAUGAUUUAGAAGGGGGUGAUCACACAAGGGCUGGCUGAUUGGAUGGUUUGUAAAGCAGGCUGCAAUUGAAACGAACUAUCAUCAAACAAAGGCUCAUCGUAUUCGUUACAUAACCAUAGGAACAAUUUUCAAUGAACAGACUGUUUCUAUUUUCAUAUUACCCUCAGAAUUUAAUUUGCCCAUGGUGCAAAAUCUUUUUAAUAUGUAAUCAUGUCAAUCCUGUGCUAAUGUUCUUUUAAGGUAAAGGUUGGAUUUUCCUAUCCAGAGUUAAGAACUCUAAAAACUUUGUUUUCCUUCAAGGAAAGAAAAUGCCUGAAUAACUAGGUAAGAAAUACUACCCUUUUUUAAAUUUACUUCGAAAACAAUUUUGAGAAAAAUAAGUCAAUAUCUCACAAGAGGCAAGUGCAAUUUAAAUGAUUUUACUGAAGGGAAGCUAUCACAGUCUGUCUGCCCUAAGACUCUAAAGGAACGGGGAGUAAAUGUUAACUUAACAAAAUUUUUUAAUAAAAAAUAAUUUAAAAAAGUGAACCUCGAUCAAUAAAAAAAUAAAAUUGCAUCCUUGAUUCGGGACACUAGAGAAAGCUGAGGGUAGAAGAGGAAAGUGGGAUUGACAGUGAACGUGCACGUGAGCAUAACUGAACACGAACAAGACAGCACUUACUUUGAGCCGUACCCAAACAUGCGGGUAGUUUUUUAUUUUUUUUUAUUUAUUAAGAUUAAAACAUAAAGUCGAUGAAAAAAAGACUCAAACACACAGAGUGUAUAAAAUGUUUUUUUUUUUUUUUUUACAUAUUACUCACCAAUCUAGUAUGCAUGUUUAUUCAGAUGUUGGCUUGUAAAGCUACUGUUUACAUUUGAUAUCAUGAAAAACAAGAGGAUUGCAGGCUGGUGAUGUGUAUGUGUAAAGCUGUACACAUUUCAACACUAACUUGCAGGCUGAGGCGAGGUCUCAAGGUGCUUAUUUCAAACCCACUUUGGUAGUUUCAACUGUCGCGGUCCCCAGAAAUCGAUGAUUGCUUCUGGCAUUUGCAAUGCCAUUGCCUCUCCAAUCAGACAUAUUUAUAUAAUUAAUCUUUCCAAUAAUCUUAAUUUGCACGAAAAUAUAUAGUCCACAUUACGUGCCUUGCGUUCGACUAUAGAAAACAUCACUACACUUGUUUUUGCUGCAUUUAUUACCGAUUUAGGGGGAAAAAGUAACAUUUUUAUGAUAAGAAAUAUUUUGUACUCUGGAUGAAAUUGUGACAUUGAUUUUUAGCUUCAUUUACUACUUUAUCUCACAUUUACAGUGCGUAUCAAGGCUGUAUAGUUACCGUUCUAAAGUUUAUAAUCAACCAGCAUUAUUAUUAUUAUUUUCUUUUUUUUCUCAGUAUUUUGGUGGUUGUCAUUUUUUUUUCUUUUGUUUGAAUCAUGUGUAGUUUGUUUUUCCAUCUUCCAGUCAUUAUUGGGGUGGGCGGGUCCAGAUUUAAAAGAAUUAUGCAAUACCAAGUUUUGCCUAUAUAGGUAGUGCUUUUAGCUAUGUAGAUUAUUAGAAGCUAGUACAGAAAUAAACAGUUUAAACAUUUAAUUUCUUUUUCUAUGUUGUUGUUGUUGAUGAUGUUGUUAUUUUCCUUUCUUUUUUUUUCCUCUCCUUUUUUUUUAAUGGUAUUUGACCAAAGUGGGAACUGCUUUCUAUGCAGCAUGUGACAAGGUCUUUUUUUCCCCUUGAGUGUACCUAAAGGCAGAGAGGUGCGUGAGAGAUGCGUUUGUUUGUAUUCUCUGUAAGGGGAAGAAUUUUUUCUACACUUUGAAGCAUGUCGGCAAAGAGGGCACCAUUUGGUCUAACAUGGCUGCAAAGUCACUGAUUUGUCUACUGUGACUAACAAACUCCUUCAAACUUCCCACCUGGGAGGCUAGUUUGACCUUCAGAAGAAAUUGACUUUCUUAGGGGAGACAGCUUGACUUGAGAGUGACAAUCAAUGGCGAAUUAUGCACACUAGGGUAAAGUGUUAAAUGCUGGCAUUUUUUUUUAUUAUUAUCAGAUAUCUUCCCUACCCUGUUCACCUUGUCCGGUUAACAAUGUAGCUAUAUGCAAUUCCCAAGUAAAUGCCUUAAAUUUUUACAAACAAGUGACUUGUUAUAAAAUGCGCUACAAUCAAUGUCACGCAAGUUACUGCGUGUUAGAUCUGUCACAAUCAGUAAAUUCACACAGAUUUUUAUUCUUCCCUUUUAAGUUUUCAAAUUUAAAGCCUUAUUGACAUCAUAGUCCAUAGACAAAUACCCCCAUGGUGAAAAUAAUUUUUCAAAAUUUAUCUCAAGUUAUAUAUUGUUAUUUUCAAUAUUAUGUGAAAGGAAAUAACUUAAUGCUCUUAUGGUCUUAAGGAUCAAAAAAAAAAAAUGGUUUUGCACCUACAGCAUAUAGGCAAUCAUCCACCCAUAGUGUCUUUCAGUUAAAAAAUAAAUAAAUAAAUAAAAACUCAGGCAAUUUGCUUAACGGCAUUACCAGAAUCAAUUAAUAGAUGGCCUCUUUAUAAUAACACUCCUCAUCAUUAAGGUUUUAAAUUGUAGCCCUUAAAUCACUAUUCAGUCUGCUUCUGAGACCUCAAGUCAAGCUGAAUCUCUCCUCCUUCACCGAGAUGUUUUUUUUUUUUUUUUCAUGUAUGUGAUUAAGCUAAAAAAAAGCCACCCCAUUCAAUGUGCACUGUUGCCAGUGCAACUGAAGUGCAUUUCCUCCUGGAGUGGUGGGAGUGUCAGAGUCAAAGAGUCAUUCUCUUGCUGGAAGCUGUGAAGGAGGCCAUAGGUAGGGGUCAUCUUGAUGGCCAUUGUAAUAGAUUGGCAAUAGCAAUAGUUUUCAGUAGUAGUCGUAUGGGUUGAAAAUUUGUUCUGGCAGCUUUGUGCACUGUUUGUAGAUGGAUACGUCAGUGUGUGUUUCAAGAUGAUUCUGACACUACGAGAGGAGAGUACAUGAGGCUCUUUCUAUUGAAAUGCCUUCCUUGUUGACAAAAGUGUGUACACUGUAAAUUUCUCUUUCCCCGUUUGUAAAAAGAAAAACAUUUGACUUAUAUAUUCGUGAAUUUAAGUGAUGUCCGUGUUUUUUAGUGAAACCCAAAAACAUUAAAAAAUACAAUACUUUUUUUACUUUAAAUUCGUGUUACAACUCAACAGCUGUCCGAUACAGUACAUAAAAAGGUUGAAUAUGUAAUUUCUUUUUUUUUUUUUGUUACUUAUAAAGUUGGGUGAAUUCCUGUAUUGGACUGUAAAUGUUUAAAACAAAAUGAUGAAGGUCUUUUGUUGUUUUUCGUGUUGAGUAACUUGGAUCCUUGAGACAUUUCAUAAAUGUUUGAAGUGUUGUUUUGUUAGUGUGGCCAUAGAGAGAGUGUGUGUGUGAUGUGAUUAUGUGAUAUUGAAAACAGGAAAAGAUAAAUAAUGUUAAAAUUUGUAGGGUCAUUAUUAUUAUUUUUUUAAUUAUCUUUUUAUUUUUUUUAUUUUGUUUUGUUGUUGUUUUGAUCCGUUGGGGAACUCCUAGUCACUUUAGUAUAAAGUCACCUGAUUUGAGUCUCCCAACAACAACAAAAUAAAAAACUACCAGGGUAAUGUCGCUACACAACUUCACAGAUUGUUCUGCUGUCUUGUGCAAAAUAAAAUGUGCAUUAUUUCCCCCGUCAAUAGAUGCUGACCCACCAGACCAUGUACAGAGAUUUUUCUGCCAUUCUGCUUACAUAUGUCUGCCAUGGGCAGCGAUAAACAUGUUAGAAUGAAUGCUGCAUACUUUUCAGGCAGGCUCGGUACUCCAAGAAGCCUUUGUGUGGACCCACAGAUGUCUUUUUCAUGUUGCCAUCACGGGAGGAAAACAGAUGAGCAUUUGCACUUUCUGCAGUUCCCACUACCCCUUUCAUUGGCACAUUGUUUGUUGUUUGGAUUACGUCUAGCUAGUGAUGAUGCUCUGAUUAGCCUGAGUGUUUGUAUCUAGUUGAUCUGAAUGUUGUCAAAGUAGCUUGGAGCACUUCCCCUCACUAUAGUAGCGAUAUACAGCAGUUUCUUUUUUCAAAGGGCUGAUCUUUUAGAAAAUAGUAUUUGUUGCAGAAUUCAGUUGUUAAAAGCAGUAAGGCAAUGGCCUGGUAAAGCUGUAAAAGCCAAGGUCAUGGCUCAUGAGAAGCCACAUGGAAGUAACUUAUGCAAGGAGGACCAGUGGAACUCAUUCAAUGUGUAUUUUCAGCUCUUCUGUGCGUCAGUGCAGGGAAAUGACAGGACGAAAUUUUGGUCCACAUCUAUUCUCAUAUUUCCAUUUCUAGGGCAUUUACAACAGCAUGAGUGAUCACUGACAUAACAGUAAUAUAAAAACCAGCAUAUUAUGAAAUGUUUACCAAAAAAAAAAAGGAAAGAAAGAAAGAAAGAAAGAAAGAAAGAAAGAAAGAAAGAAAGAAAGAAAGAAAGAAAGAAAGAAAGAAAGAAAGAAAGAAAGAAAGAAAAAUAUUUCAACCAGUGCCUGUUUCAGCUCAAAGUCUCAGUGGAUGUUCCAUUGUAAAUAUGAAAGCAUGGAAAUUUCUUUAGGGAAUAGAAAAAUACAGUCAGCAGAAUUUAUGGGAUUCCUCUUCGCAUAUUUUAACCCCCCAAACAUUUCUUCUUUUUAGUGUUUAUUUAAAAAUCUUGGGUUUUCGUUCUUUUUUUUUUUUUUUUUUUUUUUUGUGCUUUGUUCAAUUUUGGAUAAUUUUGUCAAAUGGUAAACCCCAGUCUCUAUUUAACAGAGAUCCAGUAAUAGUUUGGCAGUGUGUUUCCUAGACUACACUUAGUACUAUAGUUGAUGACAAAAAUGUCAGGUAAAAAAAAAAAAAAAAAAAAAGAUUGCCAGCUCCACAGCAGAGUUUUUUUUUUUUUUUUUUUUUUUUGCUUUUUGAAGAGAAGGGGGUCUUGUGACACUUUUAUGCCCAUUGCAAAUUCAAUGGUAUUAUGGUAGGUGAGUUUAUAGCAUGCCAACAACACUAACACCAACAAAUGUUAUAAAGUCAUAACGGUUAUUAGUAGUGAUUGUGAAAACACAGCAUUGUAUGCAAAUAUUGAUGUAUGUUCUGAAUGUACAUUAUAGAAUCACUUUAUCAAGGUUUUGUGUUUUUACUCACAGUUUAAGAAAAACAGGUGUCCUUCAACAAGCUGUAUAGUGAAGGCCUUUUUUAUUUAAUUUUUUUCUGUUGCUUUCAUGCCUUUCCAUUUUUACAGCUAUGAACAGUAGGCACUGCCUUGCCUUUGAGCUGGUUGCAGUUGUUGCAGGGGCAAAAAAUGCCACAAGAUUACAAAUGAGUGUAAAUAACGCUUGACUUUUUUUGUGAUUGUUACUGUUAUAUCCAGCCUAUACUGCUAGCAGCUGUUUUUACUGCAGUCAAUUACUGGAAGUGGAUAUAUUUCCUAUGCAAAACUGUUUAAACAAUAAAAUGAGCUCUGCUACAAAGCAA